AUGAUCUUCAACAAGCUUUCUAUGCUCGCCGUCGCUGCGGUCAUGACCGCCGCGGUUGCUGCUCCCGUUCCUGAGCCCGUCACCGUCCGUGCUCCGGUCACUGUUCGCAGCCCCGUCACUGUUCGCUCGCCGGUCACCGUCCGCGCCCCAGUUACUGUCCGUUCCCCAGUUACUGUCCGUUCCCCAGUUACUGUCCGUAGCCCCGUCACCGUCCGUUCCCCGGUGACGGUUCGCAGCCCCGUCACUGUGCGCUCUCCCGUGACGGUUCGCUCUCCCGUCACCGUGCGCCGCCGUGCUCCGGUCACUGUUCGCUCUCCCGUGACGGUUCGCUCCCCGGUCACUGUCAGGCGCCGCGCGCCCGUCACUGUUCGUAGCCCCGUCACUGUUCGUAGCCCCGUCACCGUGCGCCGCCGUGCGCCCGUUACUGUGCGCUCCCCGGUUACCGUCCGCUCUCCCGUGACGGUCCGCCGCCGUGCCCCCGUCACCGUUCGCUCCCCGGUGACGGUGCGCUCGCCCGUUACUGUCCGCAGCCCCGUCACUGUGCGUCGCCGUGCGCCUGUUACCGUUCGCUCGCCCGUGACGGUCCGUGCCCCGGUGACUGUCCGCUCGCCCGUCACUGUCCGUAGCCCGGUUACCGUGCGCUCUCCCGUCACUGUCCGUCGUCGCUCGCCCGUGACUGUGCGCUCCCCGGUUACUGUCCGUAGCCCCGUCACUGUCCGCCGCCGUGCCCCAGUGACCGUACGCUCGCCCGUGACGGUUCGCUCCCCGGUUACCAUCCGCCGCCGUGCGCCCGUCACCGUUCGCUCGCCCGUGACUGUCCGCCGCCGCUCGCCCGUGACUGUGCGCUCCCCGGUUACUGUCCGUAGCCCGGUCACCGUGCGCUCGCCCGUCACCGUUCGCAGCCCGGUCACUGUUCGUUCGCCCGUGACUGUUCGCAGCCCCGUUACCGUCCGCUCGCCCGUGACUGUGCGCAGCCCGGUCACCGUCCGUGCCCCUGUCACUGUCCGUGCCGUCGAGCUCGACUAAAUGGUUGAACUUGCUCGGGUAGCACGCCCGGCAGUCUACACAAGGAUGAAGUUAACGAUCCAAGAAGCUUUGAAGCGGCUCUCAUGAUAUGAUAAACCUCAGAAAACGCAGUAGAUAUAUCGUGGCAUUGAAUUGUAGCACUUGUAUUGAAUGCAAGUCGUUUUUGUGGUCUCC